AUGAGGCUAGGCUCGAGUCAACCAGAACUUGAACGAGUUCUGAUGCGGCUCUGGCAACGCAAGCGGCCGUCAUCGUCUUCAUCGGCAGACAAACACAAGCCUAGGCAAGAAAAGCGACACCGUCACUUUCGCUCCGCACACGCGAUUCCUUGGCAAGCAGCUCGUGCGUGUCUCAGUUCAUCCCAGAUCAAGCACAUCGAUACGAUGUCCAGCGAAUUCGACGGAACCUUCAUCACCUCUGUGCAGGUAGGCCGCAUCUCACCUCUAUCAGACCCGAAUACGUCAUCUCCGUCUCCUCCAACGCUGUGA